UGGCUGUUUGCUGGGUGGGUGGAGGCGUUGCCCCUGCAGGCAGCAGACAGGCAGGCAGGCUGGGCAGCAAACAGACCGCAGAGAAACAUCCAGCAAGGAGGGGACACCAUCAGAGACCAGGAGGAGGAGGGAGGGACCGACAGACACCGAAACAAACGGCGCUGACAAUACCGCACCGGUACCGUCGUGACAGCGGCUGUGGGCAGCACGGAGCGGCGUUGAGGGCCAGCGUUUUCAUCCCCUGUAUGUUCAGAAACAGCCCGUCGUCACAAUGACAGCAGAGGAAACCAUAAAUGUGAAGGAAGUGGAGAUCAUCAAGGUGAUCCUGGACUUUCUCAACUCCAGGAAGCUGCACAUCAGCAUGCUCGCUCUGGAGAAAGAGAGCGGCGUCAUCAACGGGCUCUACUCAGACGACAUGCUCUUCCUCAGGCAACUGGUCCUCGACGGGCAGUGGGAUGAGGUCCUGCAGUUCAUUCAGCCUCUGGAGUGCAUGGACAAGUUUGACAGAAAAAGGUUUCGUUACAUCAUCCUCAAGCAGAAGUUUCUGGAGGCUCUGUGUGUGAAUAACGCCAUGUCUGCAGAAGACGAGCCACAGCACCUGGAGUUCACCAUGCAGGAAGCUGUCAAAUGCCUCCACGCCCUGGAGGAGUUCUGUCCGUCUAAAGACGACUACAGCAAGCUGUGUCUGCUCCUCACACUCCCUCGCCUCACAAAUCAUGCUGAGUUCAAGGACUGGAACCCGAGCACGGCCAGAGUUCAGUGUUUCGAGGAGGCCUGCACCAUGGUGGCCGAGUUCAUCCCCGCAGACAGGAAGCUGAGUGAGGCUGGAUUCAAGGCCAGCAGGGAUCGACUAUUUCAGCUGCUUCUCAAGGGAGUCCUCUAUGAGUGCUGUGUCGAGUUCUGCCAGAGCAAAGCGACGGGCGAGGAGAUCACAGAGAGCGAGGUCCUCCUGGGCGUCGACAUGCUGUGCGGAAACGGCUGCGACGACCUGGACCUGUCGCUGCUCUCCUGGAUGCAGAACCUCGCCCAGACCGUCUUCUCCUGCGCCUUCGAACAGAAGCAGCUCAACAUCCACAUAGACCGCUUGGUCAAGCCUGCUAAGACCGGCUACUCUGAUCUCCUCACCCCGCUCAUCAGCAAACUGUCGCCAUACCCCUCCUCCCCCCUUCGCCGCCCGCAGUCCGCUGACACCUACAUGUCGCGCUCCUUGAACCCAGCGCUGGACGGGCUGUCCUACGGGCUCUCCGGCCAGGAUAAGCGAGCGAGCGCCGGGGAAAUAGCGCCGGGUAAAGGGGUCUCUCCGAUGUCCCACUCGUUUGCCAACUUUCACUACCCGGGAGCAGGAGGGCAGAGCUUGAGCAGGAGUCUCAUGAUGGAGAGCUCUGACUGCCACAGCAUCUUUGAGGAAUCCCCUGAAACGUCGAGGACAGACACACCUGUGGAUAAGAUGAUGGGCUCAGCUGGAGCCCAGAGCACGCGUCCUGCCUCAGCUCCGGGCGAAGACGCUCCGUCAGCUGGUUCCGCUGACAGGAAUGAGCUUCGUGACUCAACAGAGAAGUAUGAGGAGUUUUAUCGCCAGCGCCUCCGCGUGCAGCAGCACCUGGAGCAGAAGCAGCAGCAGAGGCAGAUGUACCAGCAGAUGUUGCUGGAGGGAGGGGUCCAGCAGGAACCCCCGCCCAGCGACAUGCAGCACAGCCUCACAGAGAAGUUCCUCAACAGGUCCAUCCAGAAGCUGGAAGAGCUCAACGUGGGGAUGGAGAAUUUGGGAGAAGAGGUAAAAUCUCUGACGCAGCAGUGUAAUGGCAACGGGAACACGCCCGCCUCCGAGGACAAUAACAACCCUCCGUCUGUAACCCCCGAGCAGAGCCGGACCCAAGGGGGAGGGGUGCUCAGCAGCACCCCGCAACGCACCGUAGGGGGUCGGCCUGUGCCGCCUCCAAAUGAGUCCCCUGUCGCCACAAUGAGUGGGCAAAAACCAAAAGGAGGCCAACAAGGUGACUCUCCAGGCUCUUUAUCCCGAAUUAAAGAGGGUGACAAACCAAAAAGCCUGUUUGUACCGGUGCAUUCUUUGGAAGACACUCAGGCUAUUCGAGCCGUUGCCUUUCACCCGUCUGGAGCGCUGUACGCUGUGGGCUCCAACUCCAAAACGUUACGCGUGUGCGCUUAUCCAGAGACGCUCGACACGAGUGGUUCAAGUCCAACAAAGCAGCCGGUGGUUCGCUUUAAGAGGAACAAACACCACAAAGGGUCCAUCUACUGUGUGGCCUGGAGCCACUGUGGGCAGCUGCUGGCUACAGGCUCCAAUGACAAAUAUGUCAAAGUGCUGCCUUUCAGCGCAGAGACGUGCAACGCCACAGGCCCAGACCUGGAGUUUAGUAUGCAUGACGGUACCAUAAGAGACCUGGCCUUCAUGGAGGGGCCUGAAAGUGGAGGAGCCAUCUUGAUCAGUGCCGGGGCCGGAGACUGUAACAUCUACACCACAGACUGCCAGAGAGGACAGGGUCUGCACGCCCUCAGUGGACAUACAGGACACAUCCUGUCUCUGUACACGUGGGGAGGCUGGAUGAUCGCUUCCGGCUCUCAAGAUAAGACGGUGCGUUUCUGGGACCUCAGAGUGCCCAGCUGUGUGCGGGUAGUGGGAACUGCUUUCCAUGGCUCAGGGAGUCCAGUUGCCUCAGUCGCAGUUGAUCCUAGUGGCCGUCUCCUAGCAACAGGACAGGAAGAUAGCGCAUGCAUGCUGUAUGACAUCAGAGGAGGACGCAUCGUCCAGGUGUACCGGCCGCACACCAGUGACGUUCGAUCCGUUAGGUUUUCCCCCGGAGCGCACUACCUGCUCACUGGUUCCUAUGACACAAAGGUUGUGGUCACCAACCUCCAAGGUGACCUGACCAAACAGCUGCCUCUGACCGUGGUGGGAGAACACGGUGACAAAGUGAUCCAGUGCCGAUGGCACACACAAGACCUGUCCUUCCUCUCAUCCUCUGCUGAUCGCACUGUCACACUUUGGACACACAAUCCAUAACACACACACACUUGUAUGCGCACACACACACACACAUACACACAGAGCCAGUUGUUUCUAUCUGACACAUUCCUCUAAAAUAUUACUGCUCCUCUGCAUUGUAAACACUGACCCACCCUUACACACACACACACACACACACUCAUAGGUACACAAACUGGUGAACAAGCCUUUCCCUCCUGUCUGUAGUAAAGCAAAUGGGACUCACACCUGGGACACAUCAAAAGCACACUUGUUGCAUGUUCUCCUUUCUUGAUCACCACACUGAGGAGUAAAACUGCAGGAUUCUUCGUCGUUCUUCGUCCUGUAAUUCGCCCUGCGUUUUUGCUCUCUGCUCACACCAAUCAGUUGCUGCAUGUCCUUUUUCCUAAAGGGAUGAGUAGGAGAGACAGGACAGGAGUGCUUUGUUCAUGAUGGUGCCUUCCUUGAGUUCUCAGUUUCCAUAACAAAAAACAAAAAAUCAAAAAAUGGUCCUUUUUUUAAGAUCAAAUUUUGUUAAGUCAUUUUGAGAAUCAUACAUUCCUCUUUUUGCAUAUCAUUAUUUUUACAGCUGGUGAGACGCUGCUAUUGUUUAAGAAAGACAAAAAUUUGAUGUAAAAUGUAGUUUUUCCAGUGUUUCAGUAGUGAGCUUUUCCUCUCGGGAGGCCGAAUCUAUGGAAGUCAGGCUAUCUUGUGCCUCCCCGUGGGGUGUCUAACAUUACUGUAUGCACUGUAUUACUGCAGCUCCAACUGUGUAAACGAGCUAGUGUGUUUAAAUUUAAAAUCAGUGUUUGUUUUUUUGUUUUCUUUCUUUUUUUUGCACUGAAGCUGUUCCGGUGUCUUUGCAGUGGCUUGCUCGUUACUAUGUUAGUAUCAAAGGGAAGUACAGCAUGUGAUUAUUGGUUGGGCGCCCUUGCAUACAGUUUGGAUUUGGCUGUGCUCAAAAGCUUUGGCUUGUCUACUGCUGUGUGUGUGUAAUAUCAGUAGAUGGCAGUCUUUUCCCCAAAAAAGGGUCUGACCGUAUGCACAAUGGAAUCUGGAUGGACGCACGGGUGUUUUGAUAUUUAUUUAGAACCAGUGUUUGGGGCAUAUGCAUAUUAUUUUAUUUUUUAUUUUAACCUGCGCACUUUGUCCUUUUAACAUCGUCUUCUAAUAUUGACUUACUUGCAGAGAUGCAUAUUUAAGUUUAUAUGUUAAUGUAUAGUAUAUAUUAUUUUAACAACGAAGGCCAAACUAAUACGUACAUAGAUGUAUUUAUUUCAGUUGUGUUUAUGUAUGUACAGUUAGUUUGUUUUUGAAAUGCUAGUGGCUCUUGUAUUAAGCCUUGUUUUUAAAAGUGACAGAUGAGUUCAAGCUAACUGAAGUCUGACUGCUGGUACGUUCAAUAAAGUGUCUUUUACA